AUGGCAAGAAGGCCCACAAGCAAAUACAUAAGUAUCGAAGCAUCUGAAGAGGACUCAGAGAUCAGCCAGGAAGACUUGGAUGAAGUGCAGGAACCGAUGGUUCCCCGUAGGGACUGGGUCAAGCUUACACAGGAACUCGAAGAGAAGUAUGCAUCCAUCCCUGAGGACGAGGAAGUUGAGGAGGAAGAAGAGACUAUCGAGCAUGAAAUCAAGCAAGCAAACUUGGUUCCUAGGAACACAUCACCAAGAUUGUUUAUUGUAAGGGUUAAAAGGGGGUCAGAAAGGGAGAUUCUGAUGAAAAUUAUAGAAAAUGAUCCCAAAAACGUAUUCAGCAUAGUUUGCAAGGAUGGGCUGAAAGGAUAUCUCUACGUAGAGGCUUUUCAAAAGCAGCAUGUUAUUGAUGCCUUAGAAUCUCUUAGAGGAGUUAGCAGAAAUAGAGUGUCAGUUGUUCCUCAGAAGGAAAUGAUUGAGGCCAUAACAUACCACUCGCAGAAGAUAUGUGGGGAGUGGGGGAGGAUAAGAAAGGGAAAAUACAAAAACGAUCUUGUCAAGAUAAUCGAGUUUGACGAAGAGAUGGUAAGAAUCAGAGCCGUUCCCAGGAUUGAUGGAGAGAAGAAGCUUUUCAACCCUGAGAACUUCAAGAGCGGGAGUGUAAUAAAGUCGCGAGGGUACUAUAUAUAUAAGCGGGAUACAUAUGUGGAUGGAUUCCUAGAAAAGGAUGUGCUAAGGAGCAGUGUGGACUUUGAUGUAGAACCAACUUUUGAGGAACUUGAAGAGUUCCAGCAGGUCUGCCCCAUAUCUGCUGGUGAUAAGGUUAGAGUAACCCAAGGAGAGCUUAUAGGAAUGAAAGGGACUGUUCAAAGCAUCAACGGUAGCAUUGCCGUGAUAGAAAGCAAGGAUGGAAAGUUUGAGGUGCAGAGUUCUGGACUUAUGAAACAUUUUGACAUAGGUGAGACUGUAUCUUACAAAGGAGAAAAUGGAGUGGUUGUGAAAGCAGAUAAUAAGGAAUGCGUGAUUGCUAUAAGGGACUUUACUGAAGAGCUGAGGGUCAGCAUUGAUGAUUUGAAGGGGCCUGUUGCAACCAAUGCCAAGGACGAAAAGGUUAGCAAACAUGAACGAAAGAAAAUUAGAAGAGAUCCACUAAUUAAUAAGGAGGUACAAAUACAAUCUGGAGAAUAUAAAGGCCACAAUGGUGUUGUCAAGGAAGUUGAUAGGAACAUGUGUAGAAUCCAGCUAAACUCCAACAUGAAAUUUGUAACUGUGGAAAGAGAUUAUAUAACUACUUCCUAUAGAGAGGCUUCAAGUAGACAGCUAAGAUACAAUGAAUUUAUAGGCUCUAGAACCCCUGGUUACAAGACGCCUGGAUAUAAAACACCAGGAUACAGGACUCCGGGGUACAAGACCCCUGGUGCGUAUUCUCUUGAAGACACUGGCAUUGACUGGAUUGCCGAAGAAAACAAUCCUUACAAAGGUGCACUGAUCCAAGUCUUUGGGAAGGAACUAGUUCUUGAAGAUUGCAAGAAUAACCAGUUUAUAACGAAAGAUAAAACCUUCUCUGCUGAGGAUGUUUCUUUUGUGAAACCUCAGAAGAACGACCUUGUUUGUGUGCUCGAUGGCGAAAAGAGAGGGACAUGUGGAAUUCUGAUAGCAAUUAAUGGGGACUUUGGCGUUAUAAGAUCUACCAAUGGACCUGUUGUGCAUCUUCCUCUAGAUCAACUUUCAAGAAAGAUUUAUUAA